AUGGUUGGUCCGCGCCUCCUUCGCCGUCCGUCUCAGUUUGUGCUCUGGUCAGUGGCGGCCGAGCGGGAGCUGUGGCGCGUGACCUGCGGUGGCGGCCACCGCUCCUGGGCGCUCUCCGUCUCCAGCGACGCACUCUGGCUCAGCUGGGUCUCAGAGAGGCAGGUCCGACACGUCUCCUGUCUCCUGGCCGAUCUUCAGACGUCGGUCAUUAAGUCGGGCGUGAACGCGCUGUCUGUUCGGCCGGCGCCGGGCGGCGCCGUUCAGCUGCUGACCGGCGGCGAUGACGGCGCGCUCUGCCUCAGCCAGCUGCGGACAAACGGAGCGCGGCCUCGGCUGGAGACGGCUGCCCGUCAGACGGGCGCGCACACCUCUCAGAUCACAGCCGUGCUCUGGCUGCCGGACGGCCGUCUGCUCUCUGUGUCGGUGGACCAGCGCGUGUGCGUCUGGUCGGAGCGCGCCGGUCAGCUCCGGCUCGACUCCACCCGCCUGACGGCCGUGGCGGACGCCAAGGGCGCUCUGCUCUGGACCGAGGACGGGACGGUCAUGGUGCUGGUGUACGGCGAGGGUCUGGAGCUGCUGCGUCUUGAGGUCACUGAGCUCACCGGAGUGCCAGCCGAGGGCGGACGACUGAUGCGCCUCGGACGCGCGGUGUAACGUCAGAGGUCGGCGGGGUCCGAUCGCCGAUCAGGACCGGCGGUAGCCGCGCUCGUCAUGCACCACGGAUAUGCCACUUUGUUGUGCUCGCCGAGCAGCGGGCUGACGCCACCACGUGCUAAGGACAAUAUGCGCACGCCGCGUGCAUUUGCACAGACAAGGUGUCUUGCCACGAAUCAGUUUUAUAUCAGAGAUGCUAUAGACUUUCAAUGACCGGGCCUUCGGUGCGACAGAGCUUGUGACGGCGAAUGCAAACGUUGUUUGAAUUGCGGACGGAGAGCAGCGAGACGACGGGCUACCAAGGUAACUUUUGUCAAUGUUUUGUAUUUGUUGAUUUGCAGAUAUCGCCGUCUGGACGACUGACAAGUCAUGUUAUGUCUUAUGCGCGGAUUUUGUCUGUUGCGACACGCCGCGACGUCAGUGACAUGCUGACACCAUGAAAGGCUACGUCAAGCGCAGGAUGCAGCACUUGUGUGUAUGGAGGAAGUUGCUGUCUCCGUCCAAGACUGUAACUUCCGUCGGCGUUUUGGCGGAUUAAUAAAUACAACCU